AUGCAGACCGUCCCCAGUCUCGUAGGAACUGGCACCGCGGUUGCUGGAGCGGCACUCGGUUUGGUUUUUGCUCAUCCUGAUGAUGCCAGUCCCACCCAGCACUCCUCCAACAGGAAGAAACUAGCCUCAGACCAAGACAUUCCUCCGAAUCAUCGAUUGAGCGGUGCCCCUGUCUUGUCCCGGCCCGGCACCAGUUCUCUCGCCCAGCCGCCAACACCAGAUGAACGCUCGAGCACGGUUCCCAGCCACUUCUCCUUCGCCCCGAACCCGAACGAUUCCUCGCGCCCGUCUCGUCCGCUCAGCCAGCACUUUAACUUUCCUCCCUCCUUCUUGCAUAGUAGAAGGGCGUCUUUGGCCAAGCAGGGAGACCCAGCUGCGCCUGCCGUUGUUGAGGAUUCGAGAGACUCUGUUUCGUCGAAUGGCUCUUGGAUGAGGCGCUUGUCCCUCCGCCCACUUUCACAGCACGGAAGCGUUCGGUCCAGCCUUGGCCUCGACAGCCAGUCCAUCGCCUUUUCUCACGGCUCUGCAGCGCCUAUUCUGUCUCCGACCGGCUCGAUCCCGCCAUCACUUCCCCCGAACAAGCUGGUGAAGCGACCACCCUCGGCGCACCAGAAUGGCCCUGUAAUGCGCCGUCGCUCGAAAUCGCAUCUUCCCAGCCUUCGUCGACCAGCAACGAGCCACCAGAGAUCUGCGACCUUGCAUCAAAUUCAUCACGACGUGAACCUCGUCGAACCCAUAACAGAACCCAAAUUCUCAUUCGACCAGUUCGCCUUCCCAAACUCGGAGGGAUCCACAACUUCACGCCCCAAAGGCAACCCAGAACAUACGCUGCAGCAACCUAAAGCUUCAAACAAGUGGACGUCGUUUUUUCAUUCUCGCAGGGCAAAUGUUGUCGCACGCAUCGCUCCUGACCGUUUAAUUGAUCGCAGUCCUAGCACCAGGUCGGCGGCGACAACGACGAAGCGCAUUUUGAUUUCUGACGAGGAGAAGCACAACAUUUACUUGGUCCAAGGUGGUAUGCUGGGCGCACCCGUUUCGUCUAUUGAUCAAAAUUCCACCCCUCAGGAAAGCUCGAAGGCGACAGUAGAUACACAGGACGACGCCAACAUAGAAACAGAAGAGGAAGAAGACGAAGAAGGUGGAGAAGAACAAGAAAAAGAAAACCUACCUGCUACCCCCGAGGAUACACCUACCAAGCGCACGAAGCGCUCCAUCUCCAUGCAUUUUACUUCACCGAACUGGAUCCCAAGGGCGGGUAGCAUUCGGCGACCAAAGCGUGGGGACUCGAAACGUGGAAACAAACGGCAUGUGUCUGCCCCCGUAACGACUGCCGCCGGUCAGGCCCAGGAAGAAUUCGCUGCGCCUGCAGGCGACGCUCACAUGGCGCAAAACAAUAAGCCAGCCACCAAUCUGGACCCCGCAACUGCCGCCCAACCCAAACCGCGCAAUCGCAAUACAUCAUCGCCCUUGCCGCCAUUAUCGCGUCUUUCUAGUUUUAACGUUGAUAUUUCCCGACUCGGUUCGUCGGGAGGGACCUCUUUAUCCCCACGCUCAACCCAACCCUCAGGCAGUUCCCAGAGUUCAGCAGCGAUCGCUGCAUACCAUCGAGGUAAUCAGACGGACCGAAGCUCGACUAUGAACAGCUCCGAUCUCGAAGCGAGGGAUUUCAUGCUAGGCGACGAUGAGGACAUUGACUUCAAGAGUGAUACCAUGUUCGACUCAUUACGUACGGCGACUUCUGGUAUCAACCGCUCGGUGGAGACCCCAACCGAGUCCAUGUUUGAUGAGUCCCCCCCGGGCACUGCCAUGCCAACCAAGACUAAGCGCCUUUCGAUACACGAGAUGCUCGGUCGGCCAUGGGAUGCCGAAGACAGGAUCAUGGAGGAGGAUGAAAAUCUUUCAACCCCAGUGCGUGCGAUACAUGAACCCAGAAUCCGCCAGGACUCUGAUGUCAUGGUACCGCACUAUAGCAUGGAGAGGCCCUCGAACGAGUAUUCUCUUGGGAGCAAGGACUUCGGCCGUCUAUCAAUCGAAGAUGACUUUGAUGACGAUUGGGCUCGUGACGAGGACGAAAUGGCAUACGGCAAUCAGCUAUCACCCCCGAGUUCGAUGAAUUCGCGCGGCGUCAGCCCUAACUUGCGCAUGGCUCUCGCCAGUAUUAGCGGUAAUGGGAACACCGACGCUGGAAAUGGGCCAACUGAGAGGCCUAGAAGCAACAUUUUUGACUGGAGUGAGCCGGCGCACGACAAGGCCGACCUCGGUACAUCUUUUAGGCCCAAGACUGCGUACGGCAAGGAGCUGAACAUUAGAGGUGGGCGCACCGUCAUUCGCAAAGGACCUACCGCCAUGCAUGUUCGCAGCCAGAGUGUUCCCGUCGUACACGAACCUGCAGAUAACUCGUCCGUAGCCUCUCAGAAAUUCGGCACCUGGGGAUUGGGCACAAAGACUGUUAGCGAAGACUGGGAUGAUGACUUUGAAUUUGGCGGAAACGAAACUGAGGACAAGGAUACUGACAAUGCAUUUGCGAUGGUUGUUCCUGCCUCCAUUCAAGCAUCUCAGCCUAGUCUUAAGCAACAUUCUGGACACAUCAGAGAGCUCUCUCUACUCGUCAAUGACCUCAAGCGCCUGUGCCGGCAUGGCAGAGAUUUAGACAUGCUUGGCGGUUCUAAUGCAAGUCUAUGGCAAGAAGCCGAGGGCAUCAUUGCCCUCGCAUCGCCCGAUGAAGACGAAUUGGAGGGAAUGGAUGUCGACUCAUCGUCCGUGAUGAGCGAACGUUUCAUGGAAGGGUUUGAUGCCACAUCUCCCGCUCCCAUUGAAAGAGAGGAUCCCUUUGACGAAGUCCACGAGUUCAAUGUAUCCAAAACGGCCGUCAUUCGCGAACGACCUGCAGGCCGCAGACGCUCCGUUUUUUCUCCCGACGACGAUAUCUUUGGUGGCGGAAACAGUCAGGCCCUUGAUGAGUUUCCUGCCCAGCGGCCAAAGACGCCCGAGAACAACAUCAACAUGGGAGGUCACGACGUCACAGAUCUUGUUAGAUCUGUUCUCGACGCGAUGCAGCAGCGAUCGGCUUCAGAUUCUGCUCGCGAUGACAAGCUUCAUUUUGGCACAAACAGUCUCAAGGCCCUCGUCAAGAGGGCUGGUGAUUUACGCGACACCUUGUCCGAGGUUGUACGCCGGGCAGACCAGUUAACGUCAAGCCCAGCGCGGACACCACGGCAGCACAAUGACAGCCCAGCUUUUACCCGUGUCUUCACUCCAGAGCACACCCCAUCCCCUUCAAGUCCACCUAAAAAGCUGCCUAACAGCAGGAGCACGAACUCUGUUCUUGGCCGAGGGUCAGUUGAUGCAUCGCCGUCGAGUGGUAUGCAACGGAUGCAGAUGAUGACCGUCAGUUGA